GCUUCAAGAGCUCACUGUUUAAAAACUUUGGUCUUUUGUUACACUGAAUUUGAUGGAAAAGCAACGAUCCUAUGAUACGAUUGUCAACAUGCAUGACUCUUAGCCUCAGGAUUGUGGGAACAGCCACUUCAAUUACCCUGUCCGGAGUAUUAGCCAAUCUUGAGCAAAGAUAUGGAGGUUUAGGCCAUCCUUGAACUUGUCAUCGGCUGGUCUCGUUCCAGUGAAGAUUUUCCACGAGGGAUUUUACUUUUGUGGAUGAGUUCGUGUUCGGAAUCUGCAAUGAUACCUGCUUUUGCAAAUGAAUCUGAUCGAUUAGCUUUGCUUGAUUUCAAAAAUCGGGUAACUCAAGAUCCUCGUCAUGUCAUGGACUCAUGGAACAAUUCUGUUCAUUUUUGCAGCUGGGUUGGCGUCACUUGCAGCCCAUCGAAUGGAAGAGUGGUAAUUCUGAACCUGGAGGAUCAAAAGUUAGUUGGCUCCCUACCACCUUCCAUAGGAAACCUUACAUCCCUCACCAGAAUCAACCUGGUAAACAAUAACUUCCGUGGUGAAAUUCCUCAAGAAAUCGGUCGUCUGUUGCGCCUGCAGCAUCUCAAUUUGACAUACAAUUCCUUUGGCGGGCAAAUUCCUACUAAUCUAACUCAUUGUACAGAACUUGUAAUAAUUCGUCUUGCUUUCAAUGGGUUAAUUGGGCAAAUUCCAGACCAGCUUGCUUCAUUAUCGAAGUUGGAAUUUCUGCUGCUACAAGCUAACAACCUUACAGGAACAAUCCCAACUUGGAUAGGUAAUUUUUCUUCUCUUCAUGCUCUUUCACUAGCACAGAAUAAUUUACAAGGAACCAUACCUGAUGAACUUGGCCAGCUAUCAGGCUUGGGAGUUUUUCAUCUUUAUGGAAAUUAUCUAUCUGGUAUUAUCCCUCCUUCAAUUUAUAAUAUUUCCUCUAUAUACUACUUUUCUGUCACUCAAAACCAGUUGCAGGGACAUCUACCACCAGAUGUUGGCCUCACUCUUCCUAAUCUAGAAAUAUUUGCUGGUGGUGUUAACAAUUUUACAGGAACUAUCCCUGUCUCAUUGUCAAAUGCUUCUAGACUUCAGAUAAUUGACUUUCAAGGAAAUGGUCUGACUGGGACCAUUCCUCGAAAUCUUGGAAAUCUUGGACAUUUGAUUAGACUAAAUUUUGAUGAAAACAAACUUGGAACUGGGAAAAUUGGUGACCUAAGCUUUUUCGAUUCCUUGACUAAUAUUUCUACCCUAGGAGUAUUAGGUCUUGCUGGGAAUCUUUUUGGAGGAGAACUGCCUAGCUCCAUAGCCAACCUUUCAGACAAGUUGAAAAGUUUUACCAUAGGAAGGAAUCUGAUUAAUGGAACCAUCCCUAUUGGCAUUGGAAACCUUGUUAAUUUGUACUCUCUAGGAAUGGAAGGUAACCAAUUAGAAGGUACCUUACCUGAUGUUCUUGGGAAGCUUCAAAACUUAGAGGGACUGCAUCUGAAUUAUAAUAGAUUUUCAGGAUCAAUGCCAUUUUCACUUGGAAAUUUAACUGCAUUAAUAAGGCUUUUUAUGGAAGAGAAUAGAUUUGAGGGAAGCAUACCUCCAAGCCUGGGAAACUGCCAAAAUUUGCUAGUACUAAAUUUUUCUAGUAAUAAUCUCAGUGGCACCAUACCUAGAGAGAUUCUGGCUCUUUCUUCCCUUACAAUUGCUUUGUCCAUGUCUAACAACUCUUUGAGCGGCUCAAUUCCAGUUGAAGUUGUUAACCUGGACAAUCUUGUGGAGUUAGACCUAGCAGAGAACAGACUUUCAGGUGAGAUUCCUAGCAGCCUUGCUAGUUGUAUUAGUUUAGAACGCCUGUAUUUGGAAGGUAAUGCAUUUGAAGGAACAAUUCCUUUAUCUUUGAAGUCUUUAAGAGGUCUAGAAGAAAUAGAUCUUUCGCGCAACAACCUGUCUGGGCAAAUUCCCGAGUUUCUCAGCAAGAUUUUAUUUCUCAAGCAUCUGAAUCUUUCUCAUAAUGAUUUUGAUGGUGAAGUGUCACAAGCAGGCAUAUUUGGAAAUGCAAGUGCCUUUUCUGUAGUUGGAAACAAUAAGCUCUGUGGUGGUGUCCAGGAUUUACAUUUACCCACAUGCACCAGAAAAAGUCCUGGAAGACGUCUUGCCCCCAAGGUGGUGAUCCCAGUAACUGGUGCAGUCAUAUUUGUUGUUCUUCUUCUCUGUUCCUAUGCUUCAUAUCAUCGAGUAAGAAACUCGGGGAGUCAAUCCAAUGCAUCAUUCUCGAAGGAAUGGCAAUUAUGUAUGUCUUACUCAGAUAUUGUAAAAGCAACUGAUGGCUUCUCUGAAGAAAAUUUGAUUGGUUCAGGUAGUUUUGGUUCGGUAUAUAAAGGAACUAUAUCCAGAGACGAAACAGUUGUUGCGAUUAAGGUAUUAAACCUUCAACAGCAAGGAGCAUCUAGGAGUUUCAUUGAUGAAUGCAAUGCUUUGAGAAGUGUGCGACAUCGCAACCUCCUCAAGAUCAUAACCGCUUGCUCUACUGUUGAUCAUCAAGGAAAUGACUUCAAAGCUCUUGUAUUUGAGUUUAUGCCUAAUGGAAAUCUAGAUCAGUGGCUGCAUCCUGGAGGUAAUGACCAGUACCAAAGCAUGAGAUUGAGCCUUAUCCAGAGACUGAAUAUAGCCAUCGAUAUUGCUUCUGCUUUGGAUUAUCUUCAUCACCAUUGUGUCACACCCAUUGUUCAUUGCGAUCUAAAGCCAAGCAAUGUACUCCUUGAUGAAAAUAUUACUGCACAUGUUGGUGACUUUGGACUGGCAAGGUUCAUCUUUGAUUCAUCAAGUAAUGCCUCCAGGAGUCAGACUAUGUCAGUCAGGCUAAAGGGUUCCAUGGGGUACAUUCCUCCAGAAUAUGGCAUGGGUGGCCAAGUUUCCAUACAUGGAGAUACCUACAGUUAUGGAAUUCUGUUACUGGAGAUGCUUACAGGCAAAAGACCAACUGAUGACAGCUUUGAAGAUGAUCUCGGAAUUUGUGAGUUCGUUGACAGGGCUUUGCCUGGACAUGUCAUGGACAUCGUUGACAGAUCAAUGCUUUUUGAAGAAGAAAAUGUUCACAAGAAGGUCAGAGGAAACAGAGAAGAUUAUGUAGAAGAGAGGGCAUUAAUUAAAAACCAGAAUUCUCAUGUCAGUUCCGUAAGGAGAAGAGAAGAAUGUUUGAUUUCAAUGAUGAAAAUCGGACUCUCCUGUGCUGCAACAUUGCCAAGUGAGCGACUGACUAUGACUGUUGUUGUGAACAACUUGCUUGAUAUCAAAGCCAUGUUAGUUGCAAUAUCUGGUUUUUGAUUCUGCACAGAGCUUGGUUACCAAUGUUCAUGGAGUUUGCCACCAAGAAAGCGGAGAAGAAGACAAUCAUGUGCUACUGAUUCACAUGACCUUUUAUCUUUGGUUUAAGUUGUAUCUAUUUCCAGACUUUUAAGUUGCCUUCCAUUUCAUAUAUCUAGUGUUUGUUUUUUAGUUAGUUUCCUUUUGCAGUUGUAUAGGAGUUGUAGUUUAUCAACCUUGCAUAGUGGAUUAGUGACUUUAUCCCACACAUAGCCAACUGCUGAACACGUUUGUAGCAGUUGAAUGAUCAGGUGGUUAGUUUCCACCAAUAGGAUAACUUCCUUUCAGCAGUUUGCAUUAAACUAUAUAUAUAUAUGUUCCAAUUAAAUGAAACUGUGUGCAGCACCUAUCUUCUUCA